GGGCUCGCCGGGGGCCGGGCGGGCGGGCGGGGGGAGCAUUCCUGCGCCGCGGGGCCCCGGCGCGCCCCGCUCCCGCCGCCCCCCGCCCGCAGGUGCAGGGGGCUGGCACUCGGCAGCUGGAAAGAGCUGGUUGGAGUUUGCACUUUAAGCUCCCGGCGGGGAGGGAGCCGAAGCUGGGAGCUGGUCCGGGCGCCCAGCGCCGCGGGAGGAUGGCGCGGUGGCUGCGGCCCCUCGUGGGAGCCCUGCUCCUGCUCGAGGGGGCGGCCGCCCUCAGCUUCCUCCACCAUCGCUACGAGGAGCUGGUGCAGGCCCUGUUCCGCGUGCAGAGCCAGUGCCCCUACGUCACCCGCAUCUACAGCAUCGGCCGCAGCGUCGAGGGCCGGCACCUCUACGUGCUGGAGUUCAGCGACUACCCGGGCAUCCACGAGCCCCUGGAGCCAGAGUUCAAGUAUGUUGGGAACAUGCAUGGGAACGAGGUGCUGGGCCGUGAGCUGCUGCUGCAGCUCUCUGAGUUCCUGUGCGAGGAGUACCGCCGGGGCAACGAGCGGAUCACGCGCCUCAUCCAUGACACGCGCAUCCACAUCAUGCCCUCCAUGAACCCCGACGGGUACGAAGUGGCUGCCAAGCAGGGCCCAGACAGCAACGGGUACUUGACAGGGAGGAACAAUGCCAAUGGAGUGGACUUGAACCGCAACUUCCCUGACCUCAACACACUCAUGUACUACAGCAGGGAAAUCAGCGGGCCAAAUCACCACAUCCCACUGCCUGACAACUGGAAAAGCCAGGUGGAGCCAGAGACAUUGGCUGUGAUUCAGUGGAUCAGCAGCUAUAACUUUGUGCUCUCGGCCAAUUUGCACGGUGGAGCAGUGGUGGCAAAUUACCCCUAUGACAAGUCCCAGGAUCAGCGGUUCAGGAGCCACCGGCGCACAGUCAACACGCCUACCCCUGAUGACAAGUUGUUUCAGAAGCUGGCCAAGACCUACUCAUAUGCCCACAGCUGGAUGCACCGGGGCUGGAACUGCGGGGACUACUUUGCUGAUGGCAUCACAAAUGGGGCAUCCUGGUACUCACUCAGCAAAGGCAUGCAGGACUUCAAUUACCUCUACACCAACUGCUUUGAAAUCACCCUGGAGCUAAGCUGCAAUAAGUUUCCCCCCAAGGAGGACCUGGAGAGGCAGUGGAUGGCCAACCGGGAGGCCCUUGUUGCUUUCAUUGAAGAGGUUCACCAGGGCAUCAAAGGGAUGGUGUCAGAUGAGAACAACAAUGGCAUUGCAGGAGCAGUGAUUUCUGUCCAGGGAAUCAGCCAUGACAUCACCUCUGGUGAUAUGGGAGAUUAUUUCCGGCUGCUGCUGCCUGGCACUUACACUGUCACAGCCUCUGCAGAGGGGUACCAGCCCCUGACAGUCACAACAACAGUGGGCCCAGCUGCACCUUCAUUGGUGCAUUUCCAGCUCAAACAAGAAGUGGCGAGGAAGCCUGCGGAGCGUAAAGCCUCAGGCACACGUAUGAACAACAAAGCCCUUCAGAAGAAGGUGGUGCCAAGAGCCACCCGCCGGGGAACCCAAAGAUGAGGAUAGGUCAUUUGGCUGAGAGCUGGGGAAGCCGUUUACAUGAGGCCUGGCUGAUGACUCCAGCCAGUGAACUUUCCAACAGUCCAGCAUGAAACCAGCCCAAAUUAUUAAACAAGGAAGUAUUUAA